AUGGAGAGUGGUGGCGAUGAGAUGAAGCAGGUGAAGAAUGGGAAAGGAACAGAGGAGGGAGAGAGAUGGGAAGAGUUCAGGGGAAAUGAUGGAAGUAAGAAUGUGAAUUUGAUUAGAUUUGUUUGGGGCAGCAGUGAGUGGGCAGGCACCAGACAGGCGAGGGCAUGGCCAACGCCAAACUCUCCAUAUUUCCAAUCUCCUCUGACAUCGUGUCUUGUGCGGCCAAGACACUAUUGUGUGAUGCAGAAACUGUUGUUAUUGACGAUUAAUUAUGACACUGCAAAGUGGAAACUCACCUACAUGUGGAUUUUGAUUGAAUGA